AUGAUUCGCUCAAUAGCAUCGUCGUCGUCGAGUACAUCGGUAUAUCGUGCAGCGGCACGACGUCCAACAACUCGAGCGACGGCGCUUGCCCGUUCUCGUCAGCUACCAGCGCCAGCAGCAGCCUUUCCCGCUCGGAGCAACUUUCACACUUCCUCAGCGCGCCGAGAAGAACUCCCGAAAUCUCCUUUUCAGACAUUUGUAGACGUUCUGAGGGAUGAGAUCAGGAAGAACAGGGAGCUGCAGGAGAACGUCAAACAGGUGCAGGGAGAUAUUGGCAAGGUUCAGGACUCGGAGGCGAUGAAGCGCGCUAAGGAGAUGUAUGAGCGAGCAAGGCUCACGAGCUCCAUCAAGGAGAACCCGAGGCUUAGGGCUGCAGCAGAUGAGAUGCGCAAGGCUGGAGUGCGCGUCAGCGACGCCGUGUCCGAGGCUAUGAAGGGCCUGGAAGAAAGCGAGCUCAUGAAGGGGAUCGCUCGUGCAAGCGCUGCUGUCUCUUCCGCCGUUUCUUCGACUACUGAGCCGCUGCGCAACACCGCUGCGUACAAGACAAUGGCCGACGCGGUGAUCGAGGCUCUGGACGAUAGCGGGAGCACGCGGCACGCAGGGUAUGAGGAUAAGGAGGCCCGUCGGCUCAGGAGGCAAAAGCGGUUGGCCAAGGCGGGGAAGGAGGGAGGUCUCGCGGCAAGAGCGAGCAGGGUUGCAGAAAACCUCGAGGCCGGACAAGCAGUGGUGCUGCACAAAGAUGCGGGAAAGCAUGAAGCCUGGGAACGGUUGAAAGAGACGAACCCGCUCCUUCGCACAUGGGCCAAUCUGAGGCAACAAUACGACGAAUCCGAGAACCCAGUUGUCGCCACCCUCCGGGGAUUCACGAGUUCCAUCGGGAGCUUCUUUGAUGAGACGGAGAUGGCUAAGGUGACUCGUUUGCUGAGGCAGAUGGACCCGACCUUCUCGGUUGAGGCGUUCACCAGAGAGCUGAGGGAGUAUAUUAUCCCGGAGGUGGUGGACGCGUAUUUGAGCGCGGAUAGGGAGGCGCUGCAGAUGUGGUGCAGCGAGGCGACGUACAACGUGCUUUGGGCGACGAUGGAGCAGUACCUCCGCCAGGGGCUGUUGAGCGACAGCAAAGUGCUUGAUAUCCGACAAGUUGACCUCACAACAGGUAAGAUCCUGGAGAACGAUGUACCUGUGUUCGUCGUCACCUUCGCGACUCAAGAGAUCUUGCUCUUCCGGAACGCGAAGACCCACGAGAUUGUUGUAGGUACCGAGGAUCGGGUGGAGCAGUGCACGUACGCCGCUGUGCUCACAUGUGUAGAGAGUGAAUUGGAUAAUGAGAUCACGGGAGGGUGGAAGGUCGUCGAGAUGGCAAGACGCUCCGGUCGAGGGUUCCUAUGAUAGGUUCCCAUCCCUGUGCCCAGUCAUACAUCUCGGCUAGAUCCUUCCCC